CCUUAGGUUCCGGCAGCAAGUGCGAGGAGGUGCCUGGACAAAUUCCGUGGCAGUUGGACAGCAAAAUGGCCACCAAGAUGGAGAGCAACGAGAAUGUAGUCAUGACCUUCUAUAACCCCGAGGUUCCCAAAGUAAAAGGGAAGCGGACAUACCAAAAGCCUACGCUGCCCACCAACAAACACCCGGGGGCCUCGAUGCCUCCCCAGCGGCGGCAGCAAGACGUGCACCAGACACACACCUACAUCCGGAUGUUCUGCGGCAGCCUCUGCGGCUUCAGCUUCCUCGUGGCCGUCUGCACGAGCCCCCUGAGCUGGGUGCAGCUGCUGGUGAUCAGAGACGGCGCGGAGCUCUACGCGGGACUCUGGACCCUGUGCAGCCACGAGCUGUGCUGGACCCACACUCCCAGGCCACCCUAUUACCUCCAGUUUUCCAGGGCCGCCUCCAUCAUCUCCAUGCUCACCACCCUCACUGGCCUUGGCUGGCUCUUAUACUCUUGCCUCCCUGGAAGGGGAAUUGUCUCCAACUUGGAUCUGAAGCUAUCCUUGCUCAGCUUCGCCUCAGCUGCCUGCUUGCUGUUGUGCCUCGGCCUGUUUCUGGAGCAGGUGAGCUGGCACUCCAAGGACGCCAUGGAGCCAGAUUUCUUGUGGACUUACCACCUGAACUGGUGGGGAGACUUCUUGUACACGUCUGCUGCUUCCUGCUACUGUGACCCUGGGAGGCAGCUGGUGACGGCUCCGGUACUCGGGUCCCUGACACCUAUGAGACCUGGAUGGAGUUCUAGCCCGGCUCAGCCUCCGCUGUUGUGGCAUCUGGGGAGUGGACCAGCAGAUGGAAGGCUACCUCCAGCUCUCCAGGGCCUUCCUCCUCAUCUCUGCCCUCCUCAUCCUCAUCGCAAGCAUCUGGCUCAGCAUCAAGGAGCUGGCAGACAAGGCUUGCACUGAUCUGGACAAUUUCACCGUCUGUUUCAUCUCAGGUACAGCACGAUGAAGUCCCAGAAUUCCUUCCCUCAAAGGGAGGCUUAACCUCCUGCACCACGGUGUAUUUAGAAUCCAAAUUCAAGCACUGGUUUACAUAGUAACAGCGAAACACAGGCAUAUGUGUAUUUCAUUAUGUUCUAUAUUUGUAAAGCAAAAUGUAUUCGAGAGCACAAGGCUUGUAGAAAAUUUCAAAUCUCACCAUGCUUUUUCUGACAUUUUCAGAUCUAAUCUCAGUGAUAGCAAAAGACAUUUGAGGGGCUGGCACUGUAGCAUAUUGGGUUAAACCGCUGCCUGCAGUGCCAGCAUCCCAUAUGGGCAUUGGUUUGAGACCCAGCUCUCUGCUAUGGCCUGGGAAAGCAGUAGAAGGUGGUCCAAAUGCUUGGGCCCCUGCACCCACGUGGGAGACCCAGAAGAAGCUCCUGGCUUCAGAUCGGCACAGCUUCAGCCAUUGUGGCCAUCUGGAGAGUGAACCAGCAGAUGUCUCUACCUCUGCCUCUGCCUCUCUGUAACUC